GCUCGAAUCAUCUCGGCUAGAUGGGACACCUUGGAAGCUAAAUCCGACUCGGAGUCAAAAACCUGCAAAAUACGCUAUUGAUUUGGAGAUCGAGACUACAACUGAGACUAAUUAACCGAAAGUUUACCUCUGAGAAAGACUAGGGCGAAUCCACAGCCUUCCCGUAAUCCACAGGUAACACAAAAUAAGAAUAUGUUGGGACAAAAUGGCGGACGAGGCUAGAGUUUGUUUAGUAAGCGAUAAUACUCGUAUAAGAGUCAGUUCUGUGCUAAACAAGAAUGUCAAGGAAUACGGCAAGAAGUACAUGUUCGACGGCAAAGAUGAGACUUGCUGGAACUCCGAUCAGGGCUCACCCCAGUUUGUUAUCUUUGAGUUUCCUCAAGAAGUAAACCUGAAGCGGAUUUGUAUCCAGUUUCAAGGAGGCUUUGCAGGCAAGGAAUGCCAACUAGAAGGAGGUCCAUCUUCAAGCAGUCUAACUCCAUUUCACCAAUUCUAUCCUGAUGAUGUAAAUACCCUUCAAAUAUUUCCUGUAGAUAGCUGCAAAAGAAUGAAAGUCCUAAAAAUAAUAUUCCUUUCAAGUACUGACUUUUUUGGCAGAAUAACUAUCUACAAGUUAGACCUGUUUGGCUCGUGUGUGAGCUCUUGACCCUGUACACCAUUGUUUUACAUCCAGUAGUAGGUAGGCAUAACCAUAAUAUGAAGAUCUUACAAAAAAACAUAUAAUAUUUAUGUAUCUUAUCCAGAAUAGGCUUAGCCUAAGUAGUCUCAUAGUUUGAAUAGACCGUUUUCACGAUGUUGCAUGUGCAAUCAAAAUGCCACAGACUGGCGGGCCACAACUGAUCCAAAAUUUUGUACAAGAUAGAGUUUACAGACGAAGCUAUAUAAAAUGCUAUAGAGUGCUUUUUAGCUGAGUUUUGUGGCUAGUAAGAUUCCACUUCGUCUGCAUUUUAGAUUAUAGCUGUGGCCUGCCAGUCUGUGUCAUUUUGGAUGCGGGUGCAACAUCAUGAAAAUGGUGAUAGCCAAAUUGAUUCCCACAUCAUUCUAUUACAUCCAAUCUUCUUGUACACCAAGAAGCUCCUGUGAGGAAGGCUUUUAUAAUAUGUAUAGAGUUUUCAAAAGCAGUAAGACAAAACUUUA